AUGGGUAGCCAAGAAUACUUUGGCUUUGACAUACGUGUUAUAGUGACGUAUGAUGGCGAUACGGUCAACGUCACGCUCGAUAUUGCGUUGAACCAACUCAGGGAUCUGAAUGAGCCUAACCAGUACUUGUCACUCGUUGUUUGGUUUCGAUUCUGGUGGAGGGACAACCACUUACAAUGGAAACCGAGCGAACACGAGAAUAUAACCGAACUGAGGUUCCGAAAAUCAGAAAUAUGGAUACCUGAUAUCUUUAUGUUCAACCACGCAGAUGAGCAGAGAACCUCCGUGCAAGUAUACAGCGAUGUAUUUGCAGUGGUCCAACACACGGGCUCGGUGUACUGGCCAGUACCUGCUGUCAUAAAAACGACGUGCAAAAUCGACAUGACCUUCUAUCCGUUCGACAUCCAACGAUGUCCCAUCAAACUUGGUUCCUGGAGUUACAAUGGCAACCAACUCGAUGUCUACAGUAAAAAUACAGCUGGAGACACCGGGAGCUUCAUCCCGCAUGGUGAAUUUGACGUUUUGGAGUUCCCGGCAAAGAGAAAUGUUUUGUAUCAUGAUGGUUACGCGGAACCAUUUCCGGAUAUCACCUACACAGUUGUGAUUCGCCGGAAGUCUUUGUUCUACAUCUACAACCUUGUAUUCCCGUGUGUUCUACUUCUUCUAGUGUGCACAAUGGUAUUCAUUCUGCCACCAGAAUCAGGGGAAAAAAAUACGCUUGCAAUUAUGCUACUUUUAUCCAUGACUGUGUUUUUACUCAAUGUUGCAGAAAAUAUGCCUGCGACGUCAGAUGUAGUUCCCCUCAUUGGGAAGUUCUUCGGUACAGUCAUCGUCAUCAUGUCACUCUCGGCAGCCUUCAGUGUAAUGAUCCUGAACAUUCAUUUCUACGGUUUGCAUGGUGACACUGUUCCGCCGUGGAUAAAGAUGGUCGUCUUGCGCUGGAUGGCAAGACCGAUAGGAUUCUCUAACUUUUCAAAAGGAGAUCUAAAUUCGGUUGAUGUCGCAAAGAAAGAGGCCACUAGUAGCGUCGCCGCAUUUGUGAAAGUCAUGAAACAUGUUCCGAUGGCUGUCAGGGAGAAAGACAAAGGUAAACUUACUACACGACCACUUUCUAAACGAUCAUAUGACAAUAAUUACAGGAACGACAAUGGGACAAACUAUAUCUUGAACAGCAUCCUGACUCAUAUGGAAACGUUGAAUGAAAACCUAUGGAAAAACCGGAAGGGCAAAACGGAUAAAAUGAAAGAGCGGAGCGAAUGGCAGAUUGUGGCGAUGAUUGUGGACAGAUACCUCCUAAUUUUAGUCAUAUUGAUGUCAGUUAUAGCAAGUUUGAUUGUUUUUAUCAACAAUGAGCCUAUCUAGUAAUCUAGAAUCAUGACUCUCUUACUCCAGAUGAUUUAACAUAGUUACGAAUGGGUUGAAUUGCCCGAUCACCAUGUAUAUUUACAACACAUCUGCGUUGAAAAUAAGGAAGAUGAUGUACUGUGAAGCACUACAUUAUGCAAUGCGCAUUGUAUUAUAUUGCCCACAUCGUCGGGAUAGAUGUCAAUUUUUGAUUAGUCUGUCUGAACAUGGACCUCUGUAGUGUCUGACCGAUUGUAAAUAAGUCCUCAACUGUUCAAGAUUUAGGUUAUUACUUUUAAAUUGACAUAAAGAUGGCAGUAGUGUAGCUGAGGUAAAUGUGUUAACAUUGUGGACUGCCCUUACUUUCAUCUAAGGCUUCCACUAUAUGCAAGUAACUUGGCUAGAGACUCGAGUAAGACUGCCCUAGCUACCACCCUGCGCGCAGAGUCUAGUUAUAAACUACUCUCUAGCUUUUGAGAAGCAAAGUCGAACGAAUGCAAAGGGUACGCAUACUGUCGUUUUAUGAGCAUUUUUCACCUCCAUAU